AUUAAAGAGGAGAUUGAAGACAUGAGUGAUCCAGAACUAUCCAGAAUAAAACAUGAAGAUACUGAGGAACAAACAGACCAGGUGAGAGUGAAACAGCAAAGACAAAAACUGAAUGAAGUGGAGGAGGAACAUCGUAACUUUACAAUUCAAAGAACAAAAGCCAAAAAGACGCACACCUGCACUCAGUGUGGAAAGAGUUUCACACAGAAAAGAAACCUUAACACACACAUGAGGAUUCACACUGGAGAGAAACCGUAUACAUGCACUCAGUGUGGAGAGAGUUUCUCACAGAAAGGAAACCUUAAAAUACACAUGAGAAUUCACACUGGAGAGAAACCGUAUACAUGCACUCAGUGUGGAAAGAGUUAUUCUCAAGCAUCAGCUCUCAGUUAUCAUCUGCGCAUUCACUCUGGAGAAAAACCAUUUAACUGUGAUCAGUGUGGUAAAGAUUUUAUUUCAACAGCAAAUCUAAAAUCACACCUGAAAGUUCAUUCAGAUGAGAAGCCUUAUGUGUGUUCUCUCUGUGGAAAGAGUUUUUCAUGGCUGGACUGUUUUAAACUGCACCAGAAAACACACAAUGAAGUGAGAGAUCAUGUGUGCUUUGACUGUGGGAAGAGCUUUACUACAUCUGUGAAUCUGAAACAGCACCAAAGAAUUCAUACUGGAGAAAAACCUUACAAGUGCUCAUAUUGUGACAAGAGUUUCAAUCAUUCUGGAAACCUGAAAUCACACGAGCGACUUCACACUGGAGAGAAACCGUAUACAUGCACUCAGUGUGGAAAGAGUUUUACUCAAGCAUCAUCUCUCAGUUAUCAUCUGCUCCGUCACUCUGGAGAAAAAACAUUUAACUGUGAUCAGUGUGGAAAAAUAUGUAUUUCAUCAUCAAAUCUAAAAGAUCACCUAAAAGUUCAUUCAGGUGAGAAGCCUUAUGUGUGUUCUCUCUGUGGAAAGAGUUUUUCAUGGCUGAAAAGUUUUAAACUCUGCCAGAAAACACAUAAUGAAGUGAGAGAUUAUAUGUGCUUUGACUGUGGGAAGAGCUUUAUUAGAGCUGAGAAUCUGAAACGGCACCAAAGAAUUCAUACUGAAAAAAAAAAAACCUUACAAGUGCUCAUAUUGUGACAAGAGUUUCGCUCGUUCUGGAUCUCUGAAAUCACACGAGCGAGUUCAUACUGGAGAGAAGCCGUACGACUGUACUCAGUGUGAGAAGAGUUUCACC